CGCUCUUAGAAGGCGUCGCCAUGGCUGGCCUCGUCGGAGUUUUGCGUCAGCUCGGCGACCUUGCUGAGGGAUGCUCCUUGGCCUUCUUCUUUUCCCAGCGCUGUUUAAAUUUGUACUACAAAUAUGGGAAUGGUUUUCAAGUAAACGAUAUUCUGAAUCAAAGACCAACAAUGAGAUUUGGAAGUCCCUUAUAUUCUUCUCUUCCCUUGGAUUCGCUAUGAUUCUUCCAUCAUGGAUGCAGUUUGUUCUGGAUUUUCAUAUGCAUCCAUUGCUCUGGGUAUUUUCUUUUGUCUUUUCAGAACCUCUAAAAAGACUAUCCUUGUGUAUCUACUGGGUGAUUGUGAUUUGUGCAUCUAUUUUGAAAUUCUAUAAUAUCUCAAAAAAUAGCAAGAUUGAGAGGAUUCUUCUCCGAAAGUACUACCAUCUCAUGGCUGUUUCAAUGUUUCUUCCUGCUCUCAUCUUCCAGCCAAAGUUUCUUGAUCUAGCCUUGAAAAUGCUGAACUAUGGACAACAGGGCUUUGGAAGAAAAAAGGGCAGGAUAUGAAAAGCUUUAAAAUGAAGUUCAGGAAAUCAAACGUCGUAUGUCGGAUAUGGAAAUUCUAAGAAAGCAACAACAAGACCUUAUUAAAAAAUUACUUCAACAGAUAAAUUCGCCAUCCGAUCAUACUGGACCUUCCGUCCCAAGAAUAGAAGAUCCUCCACCACCGCCACCACCGGCCUCAAUUUGUUAGAGCGUUUAA